UCGGAUGGGACUGGGGUGCAGCCUCCUCUUCCCUCCUCUCCCCUACCUUGGCCAGCUGCUGAUCCCGAUGAUCACAGGUGAGGAGGUUCCAGCUGAGAAGACAGAGCAGAUGCUGGCAGAGGUGAAGAACAACCUGCAGCUCUUCGAGGAGAAGUUUCUGCAGGACAAAAUGUUCAUCACAGGGAACCAAAUCUCCCUGGCCGACUUGGUGGCCCUGAUGGAGAUGAUGCAGCCCAUGGGGGGCAACCAUAACGUCUUCCUCAACAGCUCCAAGCUGGCCGAGUGGCGCAUGAGGGUGGAGCUGGCCAUUGGCUCUGGCCUCUUCUGGGAGGCCCAUGACCGGCUGGUGAAGCUGGCAGAGUGGGACUGUUCAACGUUGGAUCCCACGGUCAAGGCGAGGAUCUGUGAGUUGCUGCAGAAGUUCAAGUAGAAGCAGCCCAUCCUGCAGGGCCUGGCGGGCUCAGCCCUCUGAGCCUCCUUCUUAGGGGAGAUGCUGAAAACAACCCUGUUUCUUUGUCUAAUAAAGAACUGGAACAGCCACCACUGCUGCUGAGCCUGGGACAGUUGGGGUGAGCAUAGGGCCUGAUGUGGGAAGGGGUGGUGCUCAUGGGCCCUCCCA